AUGGAGUCCCUCCUCCAGCAAUCCCGGGCCAUGUGCCCAUUCCUCAAGCGCACCUCGCCCUCCGCACUGCGCUCGCUCGCAACAGCCACCCGUCCCAGCACCAGUCCCGGCGGAGGCACCAUGUCCAACCUCCAGAUCUUGGGUCGUCGCUGCCCCGUUAUGAGCAAGGCGUUGGCUGUCCAGAGUGCCCGUAUAUCCGGCACCAAGCGGUUCACAUCGUGCGCGGCUGGUGUGGCGGGACUCGGCUCCGCCGGACACGGACACGGAAUUAACGAGAAGAAGCAUCUCCGUGGACGACAGGCGUUGCACACUACUGCUGGCAAUGGGGCUAGUCUCCAGUCGGAGGCGUAUAAGAAGGAGCAUGUCCCCAACUUGUCUCAGAUUAAGACCCCGUUGGGGGUUGCGCCCGCAAUGACCGGUCCCUGCCCCCAGGCCCCCGAGAACAAGCGAUUCGAUUACAAUACCUUUUACAAUGGCGAAUUGGAGAAGAAGCACAAGGACAAGUCGUACCGGUAUUUCAACAACAUCAACCGUCUCGCCCAUGAGUUCCCGCGCGCCCACACGGCCUCCGCUGAAGAGCGGGUGACGGUGUGGUGCUCCAAUGACUAUCUCGGUAUGGGGCGCAACCCCGAGGUCCUCACGACGAUGCACGAGACGCUGGACAUAUAUGGUGCGGGUGCUGGUGGUACCCGUAAUAUCUCCGGGCACAACCAGCAUGCGGUGGCGUUGGAGAACACAUUGGCCAAGUUGCAUGGCAAGGAGGCUGCGCUGGUGUUCAGUUCGUGCUUUGUGGCUAACGAUGCCACGCUUGCUACGCUGGGAAGCAAGAUGCCCGACUGUGUGAUUUUGUCGGAUAGUCUGAACCAUGCGUCUAUGAUCCAGGGUAUCCGUCACUCCGGCGCGAAGAAGAUGGUCUUCAAGCACAAUGAUCUGGUUGAUCUGGAGACCAAGCUGGCUUCUUUGCCUUUGAAUGCCCCCAAGAUCAUCGCUUUCGAGUCUGUCUAUAGUAUGUGCGGAUCGAUUGCCCCGAUUGAGAAGAUCCAGGAUCUAGCGGACAAGUACGGCGCCAUUACCUUUUUGGACGAGGUGCAUGCCGUUGGAAUGUACGGUCCUCACGGUGCUGGUGUUGCGGAGCAUCUCGACUACGACGCCUACGCUUCGCAGGAUACGCCCAACCCUCACAGCACCAAGGGUACCAUCAUGGACCGUGUGGACAUCAUCACCGGUACGCUGGGCAAGGCAUACGGAUGCGUGGGAGGUUACAUUGCCGGAUCCGCGGCACUGGUCGACACGAUUCGUUCCCUCGCCCCGGGAUUCAUCUUCACGACCUCGCUGCCACCUGCGACCAUGGCCGGUGCCAACACGGCCAUCCAGUACCAAGGCCGCCACAAUGGCGACCGUGUCCUGCAGCAACUCCACACGCGUGCCGUUAAGGAAACCCUCAAGGAACUGGAUAUCCCUGUGAUCCCCAACCCGUCGCACAUCAUCCCCCUGCUCGUCGGCGACGCCGAAGUCGCCAAACAGGCGUCCGACAAGCUCCUCGAGGAACAUGGCAUCUACGUGCAAGCCAUCAACUACCCGACCGUGCCCCGCGGCGAGGAACGUCUCCGCAUCACCCCUACCCCCGGCCACGUCAAGGAACACCGCGACCACCUCGUGGCCGCGAUCCAGUCCGUCUGGAACGAUCUGGGCAUCAAACGCACCAGCGACUGGAAGGCAGCCGGCGGAUUUGUUGGCGUGGGCGUUGAAGCUGCCGAGGCUGAGAACACGCCCAUCUGGAACGACUCCCAGCUGGGGUUGCAACCGAAUGAAAACCAGGAUCUGGAAGCGGCUGUGCAACGCAAUUUUGCGGCUGCGGCUGCGUCCGUGGUUCGGAUGCAGACCGGUACUCCUGCUUCUGCACGGAUCCAGUCGGUCAUGAGUGCUUCGGUUGGUGUUGCUGCUUAG